AUGAAACCAAAGACAGGUGAAAAGAAGGAAGAAAAGAAAGAAAUGGCCUCGAAAGACGCAAAGGUAGAAACUCAAACUCAAAAAAAAUCAUCCAAACCUAAAUCUAACAGCUUUGUUAUCUACAUCCACCGCCUUUUAAAGCAGGUUCAUCCUGAUAUAAGUAUUUCAAAAAAAUCGAUGAAUAUAAUGAGUUCCUUUGUAGAAGACCUAUUUGAAAGACUCUCCACAGAGUCUGCAAAUAUUUCUAAAUACACUGGCAAAAAGACUAUAACCAGUCGUGAAGUUCUCACAGGCAUCAAGCUCUUGCUGCCAGGCGAGCUAGGAAGUCAUGCCCAAAAAGAAGCUGAGAAAGCUCUAACUCCUCAAUUUAAUUGCAAAAUUAAUGUCCACUUUUUAUCUACAUAUUUUUCCUUAAAUCCCCAAUUUUAAUUUUUAAAUUUAUGUUUAGAAUGCAAGCUAUUUAAAAUAAAAUAGAUCUAGCAAGUAUUUCAUUAUUCUAAUUAUCAUUAUAUAUCAAAAUACUUAUUCUACAAAUUUUUAUAUAAAAAGAUUUUUCUUACUCCUCCCCUCCGUGAGUGAACAAAACCAUUGGAAAAAUCGCUAUUUUUUGCCCAAAAACCCACACCGUGAGUGAACAAAAAUUUUUUUUAAUUGAAAAAAUUUUUUAUGAAAAAAAAAUUGAUAUAUAAGUGAUAAUUAGUAUAAUGAAAUCUCGAGCUAAUUCUGUUUAAUUUUAAACAAGUUGCUUUUUAAAACAUAAAUUUAAUAAAUUAAAUUAAUAUUUGCUUCCCAAUUUUUGCGAAUUAGGAUUUUUUAAAAUUUCCCAAAAAAAAAUUAACCCCUCCGUGAGUGAACAAAUUUUUUUUUGUUCAUUUACGGAGAGGGGGGAGUUAGCUAAUUGUGGGUGAUUUUCACCACAAAAAAUAGAGAUUUUUCCAAUGUUUUUUUUUUUCGCUCACGGAGGAGGAAUUAUUAAAUGGGGAGUAAGCAAGUAUGAGAGCAGCGAAUAA